UACAAUGUACUAAUAUACUAUUUUAUAAUUCUAGCAAGCUCUGAUUUUCAACGUUUUAUAAUAAGAAAAAUCAUAGACAUAGGAUUUCAACUACGUUCAUUGCAAGAACAAGGAAAUGUUAUGAAUAGCAGAUUAGAUACUAUUUUACAAAAUCUUCAAAUAUCUCCCUCUCAUGGGACAGAAGGCGAAACUAUACAGCAACAUGUUAUGAAUAAUUUUCCCAUUGACAAUAUGGAAGAUUUGCAGACUUUUGAGAAAUCAUUAAUUGAAAAUCAAAUAAAUCGCCAAAAAUUAAUUAAAGAAUUAUCGCGUAUUGGCGGUAAUGAUAUCAGAAGAAUUGUAUUUAAUCUUUUACGGACAUUAAUUUCCGAUAAAUUAGCGUGUAUGUUUAAUUACAUUGGAGGAAAGAAAAAACAAAUAUUUUAUGAUUUGGAAAUACGGAAAGUAAUAUUCAGUGUUGUAAGAGUUCAUUUUUCAAACGCAACAGAGCAAAUUAUUGCGGAACCAAUUAAAUCGUGGUGGUUACGGGCAAAUGAACGUUACCAAAAGAAAACAAAAGACAACACAGAUAGAUAUGCAACUGCCAAUGGUACUGCAUAACAUACGAUUGUUGAUAUACCAACUGAAAUUUUAAGAUUUUGCGGUAUAUUAAAACAUUAUUAUAUGUGGUUUCGGGAUUGGAGCUGCGUUUUGGACGAAAAUAAUUCCGACGUUUUGGUUACGUUUCGUAAACGUUAUUAUAUUAAUAUCAGGCUGAUCCUCUUCAUCAUUAAGUGAACAUAUCCAUUCAAAACGUGGCUUAGAGCUUAUACAAUUGAUGUAUUUUAUAAGUAAGUUAUUUAGUCUGUUAUUUGGUUAUUUAAUACGCACAUUUGUCGUAAUAGUUUAUUCUUGUAAGAGUCAAGUACAGUGAUAUUAUUUCUUAAACUAUAUAUAUAUAUAAAUGUUGAUGGCAUUAAUAUGUUUUAUACAUUACUUGAACUGUUCAUUUACAGAAGUUUAUAUUAAUUUUAAUAUUUAUUUAAAAUUCAUACGCGCGUGUUUAUACCAAAGAAAAGUACAAAUUUAUUUGUUAGCAAAUAUAAUAUAGCGUUUACAUAUUUAUAAUAUAUAUGUGUUAAGUUGUGUCUCUAUAGAAUACUGUGACAUUUGUAAGUUGCUAACAAUAAACUGUGAUUAAAAACUGUAACAUUGAUUGAAAAGAACAUGAUUAAAAAGAGAUUAAAUACAAUGUUAUG